AGGAGGAGGAGGAGAAGCUGGGGAUGAAGUUGCUCCUGCAAGAGCUUCAGGGAUGCAAAAGCCACCUCUGGGCUGGGGAGCCCAAGAAGCAGAGAGACAGAGAGAGAAGGAGCCAGAGAGCAUCGGAGUCCCUCUGCUUUCCAAACGUCCUCUUCUGUGCAAGUCCAAAAAUGGGAAGGACCAGGGGCUUCUUCUGAACUCUUCCUCCAGCUCCCACUGCUUGGCAUCUACUCCUUCUCCAUCUUCUUCUUCUCCUUCCUCCAUCCCACCACCCAACCUGGAUUCUGAUGGAACCACCACCAUGGUCAUCUCCAGCUUCUUGGACUUUCAGAAGACCAGAUACGCCAGGUUUAUGAACCACCGGGUGCCACCCAACAAGAGGUACCAGCCAACCGAGUAUGAACAUGCCGCCAACUGUGCCACACAUGCUUUUUGGAUCAUCCCAAGCAUUUUGGGCAGCUCCAUCCUUUACGUCUUGUCUGACAACCAAUGGGAGACCAUCUCUGCCUGGAUCUAUGGCUUCGGACUCUCCGGGCUAUUUAUUGUUUCCACCAUCUUUCACACCAUCUCUUGGAAGAAGAGGCACUUAAGGACUGUGGAACAUUGCCUACACAUGUUUGACAGAAUGGUCAUCUACUUCUUCAUAGCAGCCUCUUAUGCCCCCUGGCUAAACCUGCGGGAGUUGGGCCCGUGGGCAUCCCACAUGCGCUGGUUCGUGUGGAUCAUGGCAUCUGUUGGCACUGUCUACGUUUUCUUUUUCCAUGAACGGUACAAGCUGGUCGAACUGGUGUGCUAUGUUAUCAUGGGUUUCUUCCCUGCCGUGGUUAUUCUUUCCAUGCCCAACACGGAUGGUCUCUCCGAACUGGUGGCCGGUGGUUUUUUCUAUUGCCUAGGCACAGUCUUCUUCAAGAGCGAUGGACGCAUCCCUUUUGCCCAUGCCAUUUGGCACCUUUUUGUAGCACUUGGAGCUGGUACGCACUAUUACGCCAUUUGGAGGUACCUCUAUCGGCCGGACAGCGUCGAGGCCAAAACCUCCAGGUAGACAGAGAUGCCUUAAGGAUUCACGGAGGUGGAGAACUGGGAACCGCUUCUGAUGGACUCCUGCCUUUUCCAUCCUUGUCGGAAGCUUGUCCCUGCUCUGCUUGUUCCAUCGCCAGGUCCUCCACCGGACAAUGGAUGGCGUGUUGGCAUUGAGUCCUUGACCAAUCUACCCAGGCCCAAAAUGCCUACAAGUUUGCUUUUGUUUUAUCUUAUUUUGUACACAGAGGAACCUUAACAGUGUUUGGGUUUUUUUAGGCAAAGGUUUCUUAAUGCACUGAACAUUGAUGGUUAUUCUUGAAAAGGAGGCUGGGGAAGGGAGGGAGGGAACCAAUGGCAAAACUUGGAGCCUUCUUCUAACCUGAGAGUUCAUUGACUUGAACCAACAAACAUGAAAGUAGUAGAGGAGGCUGGUGAGAGAUGGGUGUUGGAUGAAUCGGCCAAAGGCCCAUCACUGACUGACAGAGAGUGGUCUCCUUCGUCUCCCCCAGAAUCUUAAGGUAUACCCACUUCUCUUGAUGCUCCCAGCUGGCCUGCUCUACAAACUCACAGAGAGGCCUUGGAUAUGAAAAUAUCAUUUCCUUCUAUUGCUGCCAUCGACACAGUUAUAGCACUGUGCUUCCAUUUUAACUGCCAUGCUUUCAUCCCCUACCUGGGAUUUGCAGUUUAUUGGAGGAGUAUAUAAUCAGUCGGAGAGGUCUAGGGCAGUGGUUCCCAAAGUUUGGUUCUCUGGGUGUUUUGUACUUCACCUCCCCGAAGCCCCUGCCAACUUGAUCAAUAGUCAGGAAUUCUGGGUUCCAAAAUAUCUGGGGAACCAAGGUUUGAGCAUUGCUGUUCUAGGGCCUCCCAAAAUGACACAUCUCAGAAUGCCAGAGUAAGGAGCCAUAGUGGUUAAAGUGGAAGCAUAGCGCUAUAAUUCUGUAGCUUGAAAGGGUCAACAGUUUAGGCAAUAAAAAGCCAGGCAUCCAAGGAUGGUCCUUUGGACAUCACUUUAUCUGAGCAUGACAGAUUGUAAAAGCAUCCUUUGGUUGGUGUAGCUGAGCAGUUUCCAAGCCUUGGAAAUGAGAGAGGUUUAAACUUGGGAGGACUGCAACCCCAUUGCACACAUUCCUGCCAAAACAAUAAUAACAAAAUCCAUGGUUUUGAUCCCAAAUGUGGUUGCGUAUGGUCAAAAUCAGAGCUCCACACAAAUUUGGUGGGCAAAAACAACCAAGAGGGUUACGUGUAGUCAUUGGGCCACCUUAUGUCCACCUCUUCUCCAAGUGGUUUCACAAAAGGCUUAGAAAUAGGAUUCAUCUUGGCAUAGCUGAUGGAUUCCCUAAAGAUCUUGCAGGUAACUGAGUGGGUUUGGAUGCACUUAAUCCAAAACCUCUUCCUUUUUGUAUAGAGCAGAAUACUGGGCCUGGGAGCUUUCUGCCUCUUACUGUUGGUAAGAGGACAAGAGGCAGCAGCUUUCAGUCUGCUCAGGGCACUGUUAGGAUUUCCAAGUGGAGCCCCUUGCCUUCUUCCCUGGCAUUCCCUUCUGCUGGCAGAAAAGUACCAUCCCAUCCCCUCCAGCUGGGUGGCAAGGCUUUGGGUUGUGCUCCCAGACAUCUUGACAUUCCUCUCAUUAAAGCAUUCCUUCCCUGGAAGAGAUAAAAAAGUCUGACAAGAAUAACUGACACAUUGCACUCCAAUGCACUUUAGUGCUCUUCAUUUAACUGCAAUGCACUUUGUAUCAAGCCAUGUCAACUUCUGAGUAAUGUCUUCAAAGAUAUGGCACCCCUGACCCCAUUCGCUGCAAAGGUUCAUUCCAUAUUUUCCCCAUGCCAAUUAUUACUCUCCCCCAGUACUAUAAUAGUACCAAAAUUUCACACGGACAUCUGACGUUUUCACAUUCCCUUUUUGAAAUGUGGAUUUGAGGGAUAUCUCUGAACCCACCCCAUUCCCAGAAGCCUUAAAUGAUAACUUUGCAGGUUUAAAUGCAAAGGCACUAUUUGAAGGAGUUAACCUGUUAUGUUCAAAGUCUGAACUCCAACUGGUCACACAUUAGUUUCGGAGCUUGGAACAGUUAUCUUUUCAGAGUACAAUUCCUAUAAUCCCCCAGCCUGUAUGACCAUGGAGUAUGGGAGAUGUAGUCUGAAAGGUACCUUUCCUGAGCUCUGUUCUGUACCUUGCAAAACUGACCAUGUUGCCCAGGGAUGCUGGGAUUUUUAAUCCAAACCAGUAAAGGUCUCAAGAUGCAUUCUUGAUUUGACUGGUUAUGAUCACACAAGAUAGUGGGGUUUUUCCCCCAUGUUGGGAAAGCCCAUUUUCUGUGGCUACUAGUCUCAGGGUGCUAUUUGUCUUUCUAUGCCCGCACUGCCAUAGAGUUUUAACCAGGAACAACCAUUUUUGGAUGAUAGCUCCCAGCAUCCCCAGCCAUCAUGGUCACACACUGGCUGGGGCAUGUUCAGAGCGUUCGUUUUUUAGACAUAUAAAGGGACUUUUCCAAUUUGUGGGUGAGAUCCAUGCAUGAAUGGAUCAAAGGUUCCAGUGUUGCCAUGCCUUACACAUUAUGGAAACUUGAAUCGGGCCCAGGUCUUUCCAAAGUCUGUGUACGCUGGGAAAACCAUUCUUGCUGAGCCAAUGUUCAAUAGACAUCUCGGUACAUUCCUUGCAGAGGAGCCCUUGAAGUGCUCCGUGGAUGCUUUCUGCAUAAUAAUAAAUGGUGCAUUUUGUUUUUAUUUCCGGUGCUCAAUCCCAGGUUGAAAUUGCAAAAGGAGCCCCCUGUUCUGUCUCAGGAGUUUGCCUCUCUAGCAAAGGAGGGAAGCAUGACUCCUUUAAACAGGAAUAAGAAUUGAUCCACUGUCAUAGAAGGUCUGCUUAUCCAAAUGGACUACUGCAUGACAUGCCUGAAAUGGAUGCCUUGUGCAAAGAUGCAAAAGUCUUUUCUAGUGCACUUUCAUAUUACAUGACCAUAGCAUUAUGAUGAGCUAGCAAGACAUAGUGCUUUGAGCAUCAGACUCCGACUCUGGAGAAUGAGGUUUGAUUCCCAACUUGGCCGUGAAACCCACUGGGUGACAUUCAGCCUCAGAGGAAGGCAAUGACCAACCUCCUCUGAACAAAUCUUGCCACGAAAACCCCAUAAUAAGUUCACCUUAGGGCCGCCACAAGUUGGAAAUGACUUGAAGGCACACAACGACAACAACAGCAUUAUGGUCCCACUUUGAUGGCAUCGCAGACUUUGCAGUUUGGUGAGACGCAAGAGUUCUUUGGAUGAGAAUUCCAAGUACGCCUCUUUAAACUGCAACUCCCAGGAUUCCUUAGAAGAGAGGGGAGGAAGGCAAAAUGAGAGCAUUGCCACUCAAUAAAAAAAUGUACAUCCUGUGUUUUUUUCCUCCUUCGGACCCCAAAUUGCUAGCAUCGCAGCAAACUAGAAAGCAUUUAGAAAGACACCCAAAGAAAAGAGGCAGGCAAAGUAUCCAAGGGGUAUUCUCUUGGCUUGUGUUUUCCUCCUCAUUUUGCCAUCUUGACCACACUCAUACGGCUUGGCCACACGUGUCCCAGCUUUCAUCUGCGAAAUGUUGCUGGGCAUGCCAUAAAACACUGUGUGCAUAACUUACACUAGUCUUACUUCUGAUAACCUUUCCUUUAAACAGCAGAGCUGGUCUGGAGUCGUCUUUCACCCUUGGCAUCUGCUAUGGGCAACAAAAGGCCCGGAAAUGGCAAAAUAAUGGCAAAAUGGCGAAAUUCAAACUGAGAAAUGAUCAGAUUCCUAAUUCUGCUCUCGAUUUUGGGUGCUUGGGAAGGUCCGGCUUGCCCUCGACCUUUUAAAACCCACUUCUGGAUACCUCCAGGUGUAGCGAUACCCAUCGUCCCCCUAUUUUCUGGUGCCGGUGCGAGCAUCAGGGGGUCUAUAGGGUACAGGAAAAUAAAAUGCUGUACUUUGGUCACCCUUGCUAUAGUUUUCGGACAAUCUUGGAUUUCUAAAAGUCAUAAGUCUGGGCUUCUCUCAUGCCGUUUUUACUCUUUGUAAACUCUUUAUAGAAUCAGGGGUGAGGCUGGAUUAUUCCGAUCAUUUUCUACUAACUCUUUGCAAAUCUAUAACUUUAGGAGGAUGUCUGCAGAUUCAUUCUGAGCGGUUAAAAAGAAGAAAAUGGCACAGGAAAGCAAAAGAUCCUGUAUUUUAAACCACGCGUCUCUUGUUUUGAAAUAAUUAAGUGUUUUGUAUUUAACACGGUGUUAUUUAAUACAAAUUGUAAUAAUA